GGGAGAAGAGUAAGCGUGACGGGGAGCGCCAAGGCUAGGGCUUUUAGAUCGCGCUGAGCUGCGCCGCGCUGCGAUGGAGGAGGUGCUCGAUUGCUACAUCGUCAAGGUCGAGGAGGCCAAGCGCGAUGGAUCGGCGUCCAUGGGGCCUGUGUACCGGAGCGUCUACGCCAAGGACGGGCUCGUCGAAGCUCCCGAGGGCGCCAGGACGUGCUGGGAGCUCUUCAGCAACACGGUCAAGACCUCGCCCAACGCUAGAAUGCUCGGCCAUCGCCCGAUUGUCGCCGGGAAGGUAGGGAAGUACGUGUGGCAAACGUAUCAGGAAGUUUACAAUCAGGUUCUCUACAUUGGAUCUGCAAUGCGGACUCUGGGCGUCGGGCCGAAAGGUCGCUGUGGUAUCUAUGGAAUAAACUGUCCUGCAUGGAUGAUCACACUCCAGGCAUGUAAUGGCCACAGUAUCUAUGCUGUUCCUCUAUAUGACACUCUCGGAGAUGAUGCUGUGGAGUUCAUUGUUGGACACGCUGAAGUUAGUAUCGUGUUUGCACACGCUGAUAAAAUACCAGCUGUUCUGCGCGCUUUACCGAAGUGCUCGAAGUAUGUCAAGACUCUUGUCAGCUUUGGCGUGAUGGCUGAUAGCGAUAAAGAACAAGUCAAGAGUGCUGGGGCAGCGGCGUAUUCUUGGGAUGAGUUUUUGAAUUUGGGAAAAACGAACCCCGUGAACUUCGAGCCUCCAAAACCGGAAGAUAUAUGCACCAUCAUGUACACAAGCGGCACGACCGGAGAACCCAAGGGCGUUUUGCUAUCGAACGAAAGUAUUGUGACAGCGAUAGCAGGCAUCGAUUACUACCUCAAAGUGAAAAACGAGAAGGUUGAUGCGUCAGAUGUGUAUUUGUCUUAUCUUCCCCUUGCCCACAUUUUUGAUCGCGCUGUUGAGGAAUUCUUUAUCUACAAUGGUGCUGCAAUUGGAUUUUUUCAGGGGGACGUCAAGUACAUAUCAGACGACAUUCAAGAGCUAAAACCCACGUUAUUUGCUGGAGUUCCUCGAGUUUUUGAUCGUGUUUACGCUGGAGCAAAAGCAAAGCUUGCAGAAGCACCCGCAUACCGACAGGCAAUAUUUGACUUUGCUUAUAGGCGGAAGCUGGGAUAUAUGAAAAUGGGAUUCAAACAAGAAAAGGCAUCUCCAAUGGCAGAUGUUCUUGUUUUCAGCAAGGUGAAACAAAGGCUGGGAGGUCGUGCUCGACUAUUGAUUUCCGGUGCCGCACCCCUGGCAGAUCAUGUAGAGGAAUUUCUGAGGGUGGCCUCUUGUGCUCGCAUGACACAAGGCUACGGGUUAACCGAGACUUGCGCGGCCAGCUUCAUCUCCAUUCCUGAUGUCUACUCGAUGCACGGAACAGUCGGCCCUCCCAUUCCUGUGAUUGAGGUUUGUCUGCAGUCUGUUCCAGAGAUGAACUACGAUGCACUUGCCGAGACACCUAAAGGAGAGGUUUGCAUCCGGGGAAAGACACUGUUCUCUGGAUACUACAAACGGGAAGAUCUAACUGCGGAAUGCAUGAUUGACGGCUGGUUCCACACGGGAGAUAUCGGAGAGUGGCUACCAAACGGAGCCUUGAAAAUCAUAGACAGGAAGAAGAACAUUUUCAAACUCUCGCAAGGCGAAUACGUCGCUGUAGAGAACUUGGAAAACAUCUACGGCCAAUGCCCGACCUUCGAUUCGAUAUGGAUAUAUGGGAACAGCUUCGAAUCUUUCUUGGUCGCCGUUGUUAUCCCGAACGAGGCAGCGCUCGAUGCUUGGGCCAAGGAAAACGAUGUCAAGGGAGACGACCUCUACACUUCUCCCAAGGCAAAAGCGUUCAUCAUGGAUGAGCUAAGCCGCACUGCCAAGAACAACAAGUUGAAAGGCUUUGAGUUCAUCAAGGCAGUUCACCUCGAGAAGCUCCCAUUCGACACUGAGAGGGAUUUGAUCACGCCAACCUUCAAGAAGAAGCGGCCGCAGCUUCUCAACUUCUACAGGGAAACGAUCGAUGAGCUCUACAGGGGUCUCAAGAAAUAGCGUGCAAAUGGUUGGGCUAAAAUCCAAGAAAAAUAUCUCAAAAAAAAAAAAGGGCUCCACGUUGGCGACAGUUCAGCUUGUCACGCUCACUUCUAACCGUGGGCAUCCGACGUGUGGCUACAGCCCUGCCACGUGGAUGAUAUUGUGUAUCCGACGUGGCAGUGGCGCCCCCAAGCUUUUCGAAAUUUCAAGUCGAAUAUUCCACUA